AUGUCGGCCGUCUGCCACACGUGCACGUCUCCGGCCUCGAGUCGCUCAGCCCACGUAGCCGCGCCGGACUGGGCGCGGACCCCGUACGUCGCCUCCACGGGCCCCUCCACGGAGGUGCUCUUGCCGGAGGGCAGGAUCAAGGGCGCGGUGCACUUCAUCGGCGGCGCGUUUGCUGGCGCGUCUCCCGCGCUCUUUUACCAGCAGCUGCUGCGGCACCUGCGCGACGCCGGCUACGUCGUCGUCACCACGCCCUACGCGCUCACGUUCCGGCACGCCGACUGCGCCCGCGCCCUCAGCGACGCCUUCGCCGCCGCCCUCGCCGACCUGGACCUCCCUCCAGGCGCCCCCGUCUUCGCGCUCGGGCACAGCGGAGGUUCCCUGCUGCACCUGCUGAUCGGAGCCAAGGACGGGCUCCCGCCGCCGUUCGAGACCGACGCACCGAGCGCCGACGAGGCUCCCGACGCGGCACCCGCGGCCCCCCCGCGGCCCCCCGCCCCCGCGUACCGCGCGUCCGUCCUAGUGAGCACCAACAACUUCCCGGUCUCGGAGGCGAUCCCGAUCCCCGGGCUGCUCGACAACCUGCCGGACGCCGUCAAGUCGCUCGAGAGCAGCUUCGGCGCCAUGCAGACCGUCGACCUCGUCGGGCUCGCGCGGCAGGCCGCGCGCGCGUCGCCGCUCGCCGCGUUCGGCGCCGCGCCGCCCGUGGACGAGGGCCUGCUGGGCGACCUCGAGCCGGCGGUGAACCAGGUGCCGUCGGUGCUGCGGGAGGUGCGCGACGGGCUGACGGACUUCUUCCCCACGCCGGCGGAGAGCCGCGAGAUCGUGCGGUCCUCGCUCCAGGCGCGCAAGACUCUGCUGGUGAAGUUCUCCGACGACAACACCGACGAGAGCGAGGAAAUGUACGACAUCAUCAGGGCGUCGCCGUCCCCGAACGUGGAACUGCUGCGGCUGUCGGGCACGCACGUGACGCCGAACGCCCCGUCUCUGUGGAUGCCGUUCGGGUCCGCGGGGCCCGUUGCUGACGAGGCGGCGCGCCUGGCGCACAUGCUCAACACGCGCGACACCAGCAGGCUCGCGGGGUACGUGCUCGACUUCUUCGCGGACAACAGCUGA